GAGAUGCAAGUGUAUAUGGACUGUCCAGGAUGUGAGGCCAAGGUCAAAAAAGCUCUUCAAAAGCUUCAUGGAGUUGAUUCGGUGGACAUAGACAUGGGGAAGCAAAAGGUGACCGUAACCGGUGUUGUAGACCAACGAAAGGUGUUGAAGACGGUUAGAGGGACCGGAAGGACCGCGGUUCUGUGGCCAUACCCUUACAAUCCGGAAUAUCAUGAUUUUACUCGUCGUUAUUAUUUCAAACAUCAGAGUUAUCCGGCCACACACCAUGCAACGGUUGCGUCGUCUCCUUAUAACUAUGACAUUCAUGGAUACAACGGUCAUGAACAUGGCUACUAUCAAAAGCCGCCUUACACUGCUCUUAUAGAUGAAAAGGUUAGCUCUAUGUUUAGUGAUGACAAUACCAAUUCCUCUUGCUCCAUAAUGUGA